AUGAACACCCUCGUCGUCUUCGCCGCUCUUAUUGCUUGCGCCUACGCCGGCGGUUUCGGCUAUGGUGGCCUCGGCCUCGUCGGUGGCUACGGCCACGGUCACGGCCACGCCCACGCUGUGGCUGUCCCCGUUAAGACCGUCUCCUACGUGAAGAGGCCCGUCGUCAGCGUUGGCUACGUCACCCGCCCCGUUGUGAGCUACGUCAAGCAGCCCGUGGCCACCGUCUCCCACACCGUCCAGCCCGUUGUCUCCGUCAGCCACGCCGUCGUCGGCGUCGGCCACGGUGGAUACGGUGGCGGAUACGGCUACGGUGGCGGACUUCUCGCCGGAGGUCUCGUCGGCGGCUAUGGCGGACACGGCUACGGCUUCGGAGGCUACGGUCUCAAGGGCUUCCACUAA